AUGGUUCCUAGCUCCCCACCAAAAUGGUCUCCGCCUGCUUUGCCAACCACACUAAAGCCGAGCAUUGGCAUUAAAUUGGAUAAAGAAGCAUAUCAAAUGCAAGUAUCAAUGAACUCGUUAUUUGCCGCACUUUCCGUUAGUAUUGCGCGUACAGAUACACAUACUCUCCCCUCCACGGAUCUUAUCAUAGACCGCAAUGUGCUUCGAAAAUUACUAGACUUCGUUGGUGGAAAGGUUGGCCAUUCAUGGGAACUCAACGUCCAGAUGUUCCGAAACACUAUGAUCUUUGAGAAGAAUGAGCAAGGAGUCGCCAGAUAUAGUUCUCAAGGUUAUGGUAUUCCAUUUGAGAGGGCGUUCUUAAGAUACAAGGACGACUCGUUGAAGGAGACUAUUGGACACUACCGAAUGGCUGCUUACGAGAUUGGAGGCAUGAAAUGGAUGGUCAGAUUUGAGUUUGAUGGAUAUUACGACGUGCGGAGUACAAAGGAUCUUACAAGAAGUUUUCAAAGUUUGGAUCUGGAUCGGGCAAGACACAGCCUACAAUUGCUGAAUAUCAAUUCAAAUGGGAAGGAGUCAACUUACCAGGGCAUCAAAAUUGUCAAAAGCGAAAUUGAAAUGUGCACCCUUCCGAUGAUAGAGGUCAAAACCGCGAAAGUAGGAAAAUCUCCGACGCGAGCUAAAUGGAUGCCGCAACUCUACUUCUCACAAGUCAAGCAUCUAAUUAUAGCCAAUCAUAACGAGGGAGUUUUUGAAAAAUCAUAUAUUACGGAAUGUGACAAGAGCGAAGACAUGCGAGAGUGGGAAGUAGCAAACCAGGGAAAAUUACAGAAACUUCUACAACUAAUUAGUGCUAUUCAAAACACAGUAAAUAAGACAAAGGGAAGGAAGGCAAUAGUGUUAUGUAAAAAGGGUGAGAAAAAGGAUGAGAUUCUCAUUAUUGAGCACAAAGGGAAGGGCCUGGAGUUGAAAGAUGGGAGUUAUUGA